AUGCCAUUAAAGCACAAAAUCGUAGCCUUGGUGUUUAAUGAUUAUGAAGUGUUGGAUUUGAUGGGACCUUUGGGUUCAAUCAUUCCACGCAGUGAUUAUUAUACAGUUGAAUUCGUUAGCUUGUCAGACAAUCUCAAUUCAUUAGACGUACAAUCAACUUUGAAAAAUGGCAUUUUAACACCAGCAAGAAUUUCAAUCGACAAAUUUCUAGCUCAACAAGAACACUUUGAUUCAAUUCUCAUUCCUGGAGGCGUGGGUGUCUUACCAUUAAUGGCAGAUCCAAUGGUUUUACAAAAGAUUGGAAAGUUGGUGGAUCUGGCAUCAAAUGUUUUUACCGUUUGUACUGGCUCAUUACUAUUGGCUGCUACCGGUAGACUCGAUGGACGUGAAGCAACUACCAAUAAAGUACGCUUUGAUGCACAAACACCUGGCCUCCCAAAUGUACUUUGGAAGAAGAAAGCCCGUUGGGUAGAAAGUGGAAAAUUUAUCACCUCUUCUGGUAUCACUGCCGGUAUGGACGCAGCGUUUGAAUUCAUGGUACGAACAUAUGUAGUACCAGAAAAUCGUACAACAGAGCCACAAGUUGUUCAUCCCAAAGGUGAUCUUACAUGUCCACCAGGUCAUAGCCGUACAAAAGCGCGGGAACAUGCACAUCGAACUGCUCACUUUUUAGAAUAUCGCUGGAACACCAACUCAGAAGAUGAUCCUUUCGCCUAG